UUUCCACACAAACUUUCCUAAAGGCGCAUGCGUUAAAACCUGAAAGUUCGGAGCUUUCGAUUGAUCCACUAAAAAGACCUGUCGCGAACGUUUCACGUGUUUUCCUAAAAGCUUUCUGUUUUUGUUUUCAAUUACAUAAAUCAAUAAAAUACUAAAACUGAAAAAGAAAGUGUUAUUAAAGAAACAUUAAUUAAAAGAUUUUGUUGUAAUUAAUGUGAAACUCGAAUCAAAAUGGGGAUUAACAAGGAUAACCGAAAAGAUUUAGAAUUGACCGAAUUAAAAAUGGUGAUUAUUUCUAUUAAAACAAUUAAUACAUAGAAAAGUUUACGAUUACAAAGAACAGUUUUUGAUUAAAGAAAUCGUCGAAAAAAAGUAACAUGGCUGACCAAAAAGAUUCAUUAAUCUUAGAUAAGAUGCAAUCGAGUUGCUUCCUAUUAAGUUCAUUUAAAGACCCAUCUCUGGAAAAGCUUUAUCAAAGUUACAGCGUCAAACAGAAACGUUCGGGACUUGAAUGUUUUUUGAUAAUGGCAAUUUUCUUCGACAUUUACAUGCUGGUCGUACCUUACGGUCAAGAUAUCCUUAUUUUUGCCAUAAUCAGUGCUUUUCUAUUACUAAAUUGUUCGUUGCUGUUAUGGUGCAGAAGAGGCACGCAAAAUUCCAUACUUUGGUCAGCUUUGCCACAUGUUUGCUGGCAUUUAGCCAACGCACAAUUACUUCUUUCCUUAUUCUUAAAAAAAGGUGAUGUUACAUCAAGAGAUAAUCUUGGUUGGGUACUUCUUUUAGAUUAUUUUAUUUACGUUACUUUGCCUUUACGGUUGAGAUAUUGUGUUAUAUUAAGUAUUGGUACUUGUGCUUCGUACUUAGCGGCAGUGAUUGGAUUGGCAAAAAUUGAGUUAAAUCAAAUACAACAGCUUAUUGCGAAUUGUAUCCUACUUUUCACUGCAAACGCUUUAGGAUUUAUAUCUUAUUUUGUUGAGGAGAAACAACAAAGGAGAGCUUUUUUAGAAACUAGACAAUCUUUAGAGGUUAAAUUGGUAAUAGAGGAACAAACUGCAGAACAAGAAAGACUUUUAUUAUCAGUUUUACCUGAACACGUAGCAGUACAAAUGCGUCAAGAUCUUGAUCGAGCGGAUAGCCAAUUUAAGAAAAUCUAUAUGAGUAGACACGAAAAUGUCAGUAUUUUGUAUGCUGACAUCGUUGGAUUUACUGCAAUAUCUUCAACAUAUUCCGCACAAGAACUUGUUAAAAUGCUCAACGAAUUAUUCGCAAGAUUCGAUAAAUUAGCCGAGAAAUACCAUCAAUUAAGAAUAAAAAUCUUGGGUGAUUGUUAUUAUUGUAUAAGUGGAGCGCCCGAAGAAAGACCAGAUCAUGCAGUCCUUUGUGUUCAUAUGGGUUUAUCAAUGGUUAAAGCCAUAAAAUACGUGCAACAAACGACAAAUUCGCCAGUCGAUAUGAGAGUUGGAAUCCAUACAGGUGCUGUAUUAGCGGGGGUUUUAGGUCAACGCCAAUGGCAAUUCGAUGUAUAUUCGAAAGAUGUUGAAUUAGCAAAUAAAAUGGAAAGUUCUGGAAUGGCUGGGCGAGUUCAUAUCUCAGCUACAACUUUAUCAUUUCUCAGUGGAGAAUUCGAAGUUGAACCAGCUUAUGGGGAAAAACGAGAUGAAUCUUUAAGAAUUGCUGGGUUAAAAACUUAUUUUAUAGUUAAAGUUUUAAAACCAUUUGUUCCUGAAAUAAAUCAAGAUGUUCAAAACGGUGGUGGAAUAAUCCAAGAAGAAGAUAGUUGCGUUGAUUUAGCAUCAGAAAAAGAAGAGGAGGAAUCGAAUCAAAUAGGCGUAACGAGACAAAGACAAGAUUCAGAAGAUUUUAAAAAUAGGUUAAGAAAAGAACUUGUAAAUAGAGAUGGUCAUAAGGAACUUGGAAAAAGUACUAAUUAUUUUACGUUGGCCUUUACUGGUGAAGAUGUUGAAAAAUCUUAUCAUGAGUACACCGAGUCGUUUUCUAGUAUAACCCUUCAAGCUUUUUUAGUUGUUAGAUUGGCAGUAGGAAUUUCACAAUUUCUCAUUUUACCUAGAAGAUUAUUGAAUAUGUUAACCUUUAUCGUUGGAACUUUAUUAUUUCUUGUAAUCUCAUUAAUAAGUUUAGUAGAAGCUAUUCCUACGAAAUUUUCUUCGUGUUUUGAUUCCCUCAUCAUUAGAUCAUUUUGGUUUAGAAGAACUUUAGCAGUAGUUUGCAUUAUUGUUUUAACAUUGGUUAAUGUUUUAGACGCGAUAUCUUGUGUUCCACAACCACAAAUUUACGAAAAUUGCACUUCGAUAAUUAUUGAAGAAAUGAAUUCAAGCUGUUUAUAUCCGUCUUACUUCAGUUUUUUCGCCGUUUUAAUCUUGGUUGUAGCAUCUUUACCCGCAUCCUUGUCUUACAUUUGUAGGACUAUUUUAAUGGUUCUUAUAGCAACCGUUCAUUGUCUCGUUAACUUUCUGCUUUUGGGAAAAGCUUUGUAUUGCGAAGAAACUAAGAUGUACUGGAAAAAUUUGGUUCAAGCAAAAUGUGCUUUAUCUUUGUUGUUACUUACAGCUGCUGUGGCGCUUGGAAUUUUAACAAGACAUAUGGAGAGGAUAGGGAGAGUUUUAUUUUUAUGGCGAUCGGAAGUUGAUACCCAAAGAGAAUGUGCAGCUGAUAUGAGACGGAGAAAUGAAGCUUUGGUUUAUAAUAUUCUGCCACCUCAUGUUGCUGAACAUUUCAUGGGGAACAGAAAGAGGCAACACAAUGAGUUGUAUUCGCAAAGUUAUGCUGAAGUUGGAGUAUUAUUUGCUUCGAUGCCAAACUUUUCUGACUUUUAUUCAGAAGAGACCGUUAAUAAUCAAGGAUUAGAAUGUCUUCGUUUUUUGAACGAAGUUAUUUCAGAUUUUGAUGCGUUAUUAGAAUGGCCACAAUUUCAAGAUAUUAUUAAAAUAAAAACGAUCGGUUCUACUUAUAUGGCUGCAAGUGGGUUAAACCCAACGAGAUACGUUAAAGUUGAUGAUCCAAUAACAAUUCGUUGGGCGCAUUUAGCCCUUUUGGUCGAAUUCGCUUUAGAAUUAAAAAAAGCACUACAAAGCAUUAACGAACAAAGUUUCAAUCAUUUUGUUUUAAAACUUGGUAUAAAUCAUGGUCCUAUAACCGCCGGGGUUAUCGGCGCAAGGAAACCACAUUACGAUAUUUGGGGAAACACUGUAAAUGUUGCAUCAAGGAUGGAAAGUACAGGAAAAGCUGGAUGUAUUCAAGUAACCGAAGAAACUUGCGAAAUUUUACAACACUUUGGUUAUCAAUUUGAACAACGUGGAUUAGUUGCUGUAAAAGGAAAGGGGCAAUUAAUGACUUAUUAUCUCCUUGGGAAAGCUGGAAAAAUAACGCCACCCACAGUUCCUGUUUCACCAAUAGGUGGAAUUCUUAAUACAAUGGAAACAGUAACCGAAGAAGAAGAAAGUAAUGGUAGCCCAAUAUCCAAAAGUGACGAAAAAACGGUUAUUGAAUGUUCAAAUGGAAAUAGAAGUGAUGACGAUGUUUUUGUGAACGAUAUGGAUGUCGUUCAGGGGACGCAACCUUUAAUAAUCGAUGAGAUUUUAAUAAAGGAGUCGUGUGAAAACACACUUUUAUUAAGUGAUUCGUAAAAAAAUUAAAAAUAACAAAAAAAAAUUAAACCAGAGAAAAUAAAUUAAUUACAAUCAAUGUUACUAAUACACAAAACUAAAAAAAAUGAUCUAAAGUUAUCUUCUACUUUUUUUAUACGCCAUAUCAAAACGAACUAAAGAAAUAAUGCAAGAAAUAACUUAAAGAAAUAGUUUUUUCUAUAUCGUGAAAGCAAUCACUAUUUUUUAAUUUCACAUCUAAAUAAACAAAAUAAAUAUUUCGAACGGUACUUGUUCCAUCAUUCUUCUUCAAAUAAAAACGCUAGCAACUAAAAUAAAUACAUACUUAUUAUUGUAAGUAGUGAUGUGAGAGAAAAUACAAAUAUAAGAACAAUAUAGAGUUAAAAUAACUAAAAAUUUAAAAAAAUCGUAGAAAGAAAUAGUGAUAAUUGAAGAAGUUACAAAAAAUUAUUAUUAUUAAAACGCACAUUCGAGUAAUAACACUGGUUUACAAAUAAUACAAAAUAUUGGCCGUGUUUUGGACACGAAAAAGCUUGUUAUAAAUUUAUUCAAAAUUAUAAUUACGAAUCUUCGAUAGAUUUUUGUUAUGAGAUUUGAAUUUGCAAACAUAGAGUAAAUGAUAAAAAUUGCUUUAGGAAUGGAUAUCAAGCGAUCGACAAACAAUUUGUUGCAAUUUUUUAGUAACGAUUUUGUGAAGUUAUAAUGGAGCAUUGAACAAAAAGAAAAUAAAAUGAAAUUGCAACUAACAGAAAUAUACAUUUUUUGGCUCAAUGUAUUUGUAUAUCAAAAGAGUACCAAUGUAAAAAGCGGAGACCGUGUAUAUUGUGUGGACUAUGUAGGAGAUUUUCAAAUUGAAUAUUGGUUAAAUGAAGUGUACAAAAUGCUAAUAAAAAUGCGAUCCUCAAAGGGGUGAUAUAUGUACACGGGUAGACCACGCAUAUAUCGCAAUAAAAAGAUCUAAACUCAACGUUUAAGUUUAUAACAAACAUUACAGUAAAAACUACAAACGAUGAUUUCAUUUUUUUGGCUAUUUUCUGCCGGUCUUGAUGCACGUCUAAAAUUAAACUAUAAAUGUAAUGAUAGUAAAAAUAAAAUUUAUAAUAAUGCACGUCUAAUGACAAUAAUAAAAGCCGGAUUGGUGUGGAUAACAAGUUGAGAAAAUUAAUUUAAAUGAUCGAAGAUAUAUUAUGGAGGCUAACAGUAACUUUAAUAAUCUUCAAAGAAAUGUUUUUUGUUUUAAAUUUAGUUGUAAUAGCUGCAAUUAGUUUCAAAGGUUUGUUCUGAUAACUAUAAAACGCUUGUUUACCUUUCAGUGUAUGCGUACGUCCCUAUCUCUUUUUUACAAUUAAAUGUUUUCUGGUCAUCUUUCGCCGUGCACGAAUUUUGCCCAUAUUUUCUUCUUUCUCGCAAAACUUCUGGCUUCUUAGCGAUGCUUAUUUGAACUUGGAGGUCAUCGUUUUUCGUAUAUAAAGAAUAAAACACAAGUGUUUGCAUAAAACGAUGACAAUUUAUUUCAAAUAUCGAUGCUGCCUUCAGGCACGACUAAAAAAAUUUAAGGAAUAAAUUACAAUAAUUGACUUAAAUAUUACAAGAUGUUAAAUACCGUCAAAUGUUAACAUUUGAUUUGCUUCUUGUACAGUUUCUCCGCUUUUGAUGAUUAUCUUAUUUAUUGCCUUAUUCCAAGUGUUUCACGGUCUUUCUUUCUUUCUAAUCCCUUGCUUUCAAAGAAACUCAAUUUUUGCACUUUUCAAUGGAUUUUUAUUUUGUAUUUUAGGUUCGACCGGUUUCGAUUUAACAAAUACAUUUAUUUGUGUUUCCAUUUAAAAUGGCGGCUAAAGAUAAUAACAGCCAUUGAACCAUAUUAAUUUGUUAAAGUUAUUUAGAGUUGUAAUAACCAGAAGUAAAGUUUUUCAGUUGCAUAUUUUAACACGACAUUGAAAUGAAGAAAAUUGUAUUGUAUUCAUGGUUGUGUCAUUAUGACGUGGUUCCUGAAGUUGAUUUAAAUUAAAUCGAAACCGGGCGAACCUAAAAUACAAAAUAAAAAUUCAUUGAAAAGUACAAAAAUUGAGUUUAAUUUUUUCUAUAACAUCGACCAAACCCUCAAUUUUUACCUCCUUCCUUUUGUCAUCAUUCCUAAUCUUGCCUCCCUUUAUUCUUCUCAGGUCUUUCAUUUCUACAGCCAGUAAUGUGCUCUUUUCCGUUUUCGUUAGCAACCACGUUUCACAACCGAAAGUUAAGAUAGGUCUGUAAAUUUCUUUGUGUAUGUUUAUUUUCGUCUUCCUCGUUAAUUCCUUUUUGUUAUUUCUUUCAGCAUCUUAUCUAUUCUUGUAUUUCUGUUAUUCUUGGCUUCCGUGGUUAUUUAUUUCGAUCCUGACGUACUUGAAAUGCUUAACUUGUUCAAUAUCUGUUCCACCAAUCACUAAUUUUUAACCAUUCAUUACUACCUAUCAUAAUUACUUUAAAUAAAAUCCAUGUAAAAACUUCUAAAUUGCAUUUAUUUAUAUAAAGUCGUACUACUUUCGGGUUACCCUAUCAUAUAGGGUAACUAAUGACCCUAUGAUCAUAUAGGGUCAUAUAUGAUCAUAUAGGGUCUACAUCACUAGGGUCUACGUAUUAAAGAUAUGUUGGUGGGAUGAGAUGAGGCGAGACUGUCUCGUCUCAUCUCAGAUUUACUCGAUUUUCUAAUUUUUUAACAUCCCACACUUUUUAACGUCGCUAUUCCUAUUUCAUCUUUUAUCUUUAUUUUGUUUAUCCACCAGAAAG